CUCACCUCCCACACUACGCCGAUUCAAAACUAUGACCACUCCGUAUCCCGGCCAGAAAACUGCUGUCAAUGUUGUCCUGGGCACGAUGACUUUCGGGGCACCGGGGACAUUCCACGCGCGUGUUACUGAUCUCAAAGAUGUUGAGGCCAUCAUCGAUGAAUUUCUCAGCCGUGGACAUCGCGAGCUGGACGCGGCGCGCGUCUACGGCGAUGGCACGAACGAAGAGUGGCUUGGGAAAAUCGACUGGAAGAGCAAGGGUGUGCUGAUGGAGACGAAGCUUUACCCAGUCUCGCCCGAGACGAACUGUAGCGGGGAUCAUUCGCCUGCCAGCAUUCGCAAAUUCUGUCAGAUGUCCCUGGACGCUCUCAAGACCGACUCUAUCGAAAUGUGGUACCUCCACGGUCCCGAUCGUAAGAACCCGUACGAGGAAACACUGCGCGCUGUCAACGAGCUCUACAAGGAGGGCAAGUUCAAGCGGUUUGGGAUUAGUAACUACAUGGCAUGGGAGGUGGCCGAGAUUUGUGGCAUCUGUGAGCGCAACGGCUGGGUCAAGCCGUCUGUGUAUCAGGGCCUCUACAACGCGAUCCAUCGGGCUGUUGAGCCGGAACUCUUCCCUUGUCUGCGAAAAUUCGGGAUCGCAUUUUACGGAUUCAAUCCAGUGGGCGGCGGAUUCUUCACGGGACGGUACUCGAGCAUCGCCGAUGAAGUGGAGGAUACCUCUCGCUUCCACAGCAGUGAGCGGGUCAGCGCUGCUUACCGCAAGCGAUACUGGCAGCAAGCUUACUUCGAAGGGUUGAACAAAAUCUCUGCAGCAGCUGAGAAACAUGGUCUCACGAUGAUCGAAGUCGCCUUGCGCUGGACCAUGCACCACUCUCUGAUGAAGCGCGAAUUCGGCGAUGCGGUCCUGAUCGGUGCUUCGAGCAUCGCCCACAUCAAACAGGUGCGGAUCUCGCGAAAAUCAUCUGAUCUGUAUUUCUGACAGUACGACGCGCUGUAGAACCUGGAUGAGUUUGAGAAG